AUGGUCUUUGGGAAGGAUGAUGUCGUUGACAGUUUAUUUCCAAAGAUUGACAUGAAACGGCCACAUGGAGCACUGAUUGACCUGACAGGUGUGGACGAAUACGAUCCUCCAAUUUGCAAAGCGCUCCGAUGUGGUACCAGGAGGCCUUUGUAUCUCAGAGUUUUCAAGCAGACCACAAUUGUGCAUGAAGAGACUCAGAGGACAAACUUCAUCAAUGGUUGGACGUCCAUAGUUCUUUUGAAUGUUGAUGCAUUUUCUGCCUUUGAUAAAGCAAGACUGGAAUGUGUGGACACAGAGCUGCGUCCUACAGUACACUUGACGGUUGCUGAGUGCUUAGCAAAGAAGGCAACAAGUACAGUUGGAAAGAGACUUGGUUCCAUGCGAAGAUUUGCCGAGUAUUGCACUGCAAACGCUCUGAAACCGUUUCCACUGGAAGAUUCAAGUAUGCACAGCUACUUGUCAAGCUUGUUGGCAAACCCUGGGAGUGCUGGAUCAACUGGUAAGGCUUUCAUCGAAGCUGUCAGGUUCACAAGUGCAAUGCUUGGACUGAAGAGUGAUGAACUGCAUACAAUUUCAAGGCGAGUUGCAGGUCUUGCAGAACUCUUGAUAAAGAGGGCACCGAUGGUGGAGCAGGCUGAUCCACUGUCAGUCGAGCAGGUCAAAGCCUUGGAAAGCGCUUGCUGCAGUUCAGUCCUCAUCGACAUGGAUCCCAGGCAGGAUGUGGACAGACCACCAACUGAACCUGAGGGGUACAUAGAGCUGGGAGUGCUCAAGAACAAAGGUGCUCGCAGUGAUGUCCACAGAAGGCUUCUUUUGCCCAUUGUGUCGCCGCUCAUCAGCCUUAGUGGCGCGAAGUGGUGGGAGAGCUGGCAAGAGGCGCGUCUGGCCUUGGGAUUGGGCACAACUGGACUUCUUGACAAGCCCAUCAUGUGUCGGUUUGACGCUGAGGGCUGUGCUGUUGAUCAAACAAUGACAGCAUCCGAGAUCAGGGAGUUCAUCAGGCAAACUCUGGGCUUGGAGACGAAGCAGAGGAACAAGGUGCGCAGUCACAGCUGCAAGGCAACGAUCCUUUCGUGGCUUGCCAAGUUCGGCACAGAGCUCCCCCUUCGCAGACUCAUCGGGCACCACCUCGACCCGGCAGCGAGGAGCGCCGAAAUCUAUGCGCGCGACUCGAUGGCGCCUGCAGUGAGAGUGGUGGCGGAGAUGUUAAAUGCAGUCAAGUCAGAUGCUUCCUCCGAGAAAGAUUACGAGAUCAGUGACUCAACGACCCUCUGGGAGCUUUUGAAGCCCGAGUUCAGGCCCGACCUGGUCAAAGUGAGCUCAGCCUUGGAGAAGUAUGUGCACAAAUUUUCGUGUGUGGUGCACCUUCGGAAGCCAGAGGCAAAACGUUUUCUUUGCGGACACAUUCUGAACAGCAGAUAUGAACCCCGGGAACAAGGGCCUUCUGCCGAGUGCAAAGAGAUUGGGCUGAAUUCCGUAGAGAUAGCAGCGUUGGAGACACAGAAUCUCAAGACCUUCAACAACUUGGCAUUUGCAGUGUGCGGCCAACCUGGUCAACUGGACAAUGCAAGGUUUACACAAGUCAUGGAUGGGGCUUUCCACACGCCCACGAUUGGCCUAGAGUCUAUGAUGAGGCAGUUGAGCUAUGAAGCCAUUACGGUGGCAGUAGCUGCAAUCCGUCAGCGAGUUGAGCCGCAGCAAGAAGGACAGCUCAAAAGGCUGCCGCCUCAAGAGCGAGAUGAACGCAUUAGAAAGCAACAGGCUUCCAUCACAGGCUUCGUGAUUCAAGGCGACUACGAACCUGCACAUUCAGUGGUGGACUUUUUCACAACCAUGCUUGCUCCCAAAUACCUGCCGCUGUCUAAGUGCAUCAGCCGUGAACAGGAGCUUCAGACAAUGAAGGUGGACAAGCGCAUUGACGUCAUCGAGGACCAGCAGUUACAGGUCAAGAACAAAGCUCCGGAAGCUCAUGCAGAUUUGACAACAGACUUGAAAGUUCAAAACGCGUUUGUCAGACGCGGACUUGCCGGUGAACAAGCUGGAAUUUUCACAUACAGCACUCAUGAGAAAGUUCGACACGCUUUCAUGGCUCACAUGACACGUGCUGCCCCACCUGGUUUUAGGGCACCUGACAUUGGAGCGGUGCUACGAGCUGAUCGAGAACUCUGGAUGAAAGCGUUUGAGCUUUGCAAAUCCAGUAUCCGAGUGGACGCAACUGGUGUUUAUCCUUUGGAUGCGGCCUUGCUGAAGUUGCACACCAGUCCUGAAGUCGUUUUCCACUUGCUGCCGACUCUAGGGAAUACACCCGCAAAGCGAACCAGGUCUCCAGAGAAGGGCACCGAUAGCCCCAAUGACACGAAAGCUGCGCCCAAGAAGACUCAGAAAGCGAGUCCCAAGCAGAAGAACAAGAGAGGUGGGAACAACAACAAUCGUGUGAAGGUUCCAGAGGCAUUGACAGGUUUCAGUGGCAUGAAUCGUGACAAUUUGCGUGUGUGCUACAACUACAAUCUGCCACAUGGAUGUUCCAACAGCACGCACGAAAAGGAUGGCCACACCAGAUGUGUGAAGGGGUGUCAUGAAUGCAUCAAAUGUGGUGGACGCGUGCCAAUUUUGAGGAUCGACAUUGAAAAGGCCAGUCAAGGUGCAGUUUUGGAGGAGUUGUUACGUUUGGACAAAGUUUUGUAUGUGCAUUUUGCACCUCCGUGCGGGACUGCCAGCGCUGCGAGAAAUAUCCAGCCAGGUCCUCCACCUUUACGAUCCUACAAUUUUCCAAUGGGCUUGCCACAAUUGUCAUUUGUGCAGAGGACAUGUGUGAGCAAGGCGAAUUUCCUUUAUGCAUGGACUUGCAAGAUCAUUUUGAUCCUUGCCGAGAGAAAUAUCGGAUGGAGCGUGGAGAACCCAGCCAGCUCAUUGAUGUGGAUCACAGAUCCCUUUGUGCAUCUGCUCAAGAUGUUGCCAGAUUUGAACGCGUUUUCCUUUCACACAUGUAUGUUUGCAGCCCAGCGCAAGAAGGAUACUGCAAUUUGGACGUGUGUUCCGCAAUUACGUCUGCACUUGGAACGGAAGUGCGAUGGGAUGCAUGAGCACCUCAAAUGGGGCAAAACAGCGAACGGCUUUGCUACGGCAGAGGAGUGUGCUUACAAUGAUACACUUUGUGCAGCAUGGGCCGAAGCAAUUUCUGACUUCGCACUUUUGAAAGGCUAUGUCAAGCCCCCAGAGACAGUGCAUGAGAUCAAAGCGGCCACAACCCAUGCAGCCUACGUCAACAAGGCCAUUCUGGGGUGUUUGCCGCGUGGCCGUAAACUGUUGCCCUUCAUUUCAGAAUUUUUGCAGCCGGCCACUUUUGACAUUUCCUCCAUGCCCUUGGUCCAGACCACAGUCAUUGGCAAAAGAAUUGCCGAUGAAGUUACAGCUUUUCCCAAGGGCUCCAAGUUGCUGCGUUUUGACAAUGUGGACAGGGGGGAUGGAGAUGGCAAAGACCUGGGCUUACCAACUCGUGACAAAGAUGGUGGUGUGAGCAACUUGGAUCCUACACCCGAUGAACUGAGAGGAGACAGCAGCUCUGAGGACAGUGCAGACGAAGAUCAUGCAGAACACUCAGAUGCAGAACAGGCUGUUGAUGCAGUUGUUGGAAAAUGGACAGGUGACUUUGAUCCAGAUAUUCUGCCAACGGAUCCUGAACAAUACCUUCGACAUGGCGUGUCGAGGGUUCUCCAUCUUAUUUCAGAUGAGUCAGGGAAUGCAGAUGAGGCACCGAUGAAGACGGCAUUCAAAGAAGCUAUCCAGAGAGAUCCAACACCUGCUGAGAUGGCCUCAUUCCGCUAUCUCUACAAUGAGUGUUAUGCAAUUGUUUCCCAGGAAAUGAAGAUUCUUGUUGAAAAGAGUGCAGAUGCCACUGAUGUCAGGCGACUCACGAAUGUGGAACGGGCUGAUAGGUAUGAAAAGCAGGUGAAACGGUUGGCAGGCCUGAACAUCAAAGGCUUCCUUGAACCGUCGGAUUCUUUGAUUGACAUUGCUUGGACUCAGUAUGACAACAAUAGACUUGCAUACAUUCCUUGGGAAAAGUGCACUUCGCGUAAUGAUGAACAAGAAAAGGAUUUAAAGAAGGAUCCAAUGUUGUCUUUCGAUGUUGCCUCGGGCAAACUCAAGUUGGAGAAGAAGAAAGAUGAUAUCAUGGCUGAAGUCAACCCUGAUUUGAAAAUCCAACAUGCCUUGCAACGCAGAGCUCUUGCGUAUGAUCAAGCAAAUGUGAUCGGCUAUCAUGAAUUGAUGAGGUGGCAUGAUAAGCUUAUGAAAGCCAGAUUGACCGAUCCUCCACCUGGCUAUGCAAGGAUCACUUUUGGGCAGAUGGAACGUGCUGACCGCAAAUUCUUUUCUGAGUUGCGCGACCAGACAAGACAAGACCUGUUCCUGCUAGUGACAGAACAACGGCUGGGCAUUGUGCUUUCAUCUUUCUCUGUGGCUACGCCUCCCUUGGCAGCGUGGCCCGCAGCUGGCAGGACCAUCAGUGAUUUCUCCUCAACUCAACGUAAGAUGCCUUGGGAUUUGACUAUGAAUACACCCUGGGAAGUGAGCAAAAAGAUGCGGGGUGAGAAACUCUUCAACUUCGGGGUGCUACCACCUGUUCCAGGGAGCUGCAAGACGUUGGACAACUCUGGACUUGCAGAUUUUUGUGAAGUUGCAAGUGACUCCUUCAAAGCGGCUGGCAUUGCACUCAGAUCCUCAAACGACACACGCUUGUGGCAAGAGCGAUUGUCUUGGGAGAGGAAGGCUGCAUAUAAGAAGUGGACGACCCUUAUUUCAAAGCAGUUUAAUGCAUGGGAGAUUUGCAGACACAAGAUGUUGCCAGAUUUGAACGCGUUUUCCUUUCACACAUGUAUGUUUGCAGCCCAGCGCAAGAAGGAUACUGCAAUUUGGACGUGUGUUCCGCAAUUACGUCUGCACUUGGAACGGAAGUGCGAUGGGAUGCAUGAGCACCUCAAAUGGGGCAAAACAGCGAAUGGCUUUGCUACGGCAGAGGAGUGUGCUUACAAUGAUACACUUUGUGCAGCAUGGGCCGAAGCAAUUUCUGACUUCGCACUUUUGAAAGGCUAUGUCAAGCCCCCAGAGACAGUGCAUGAGAUCAAAGCGGCCACAACCCAUGCAGCCUACGUCAACAAGGCCAUUCUGGGGUGUUUGCCGCGUGGCCGUAAACUGUUGCCCUUCAUUUCAGAAUUUUUGCAGCCGGCCACUUUUGACAUUUCCUCCAUGCCCUUGGUCCAGACCACAGUCAUUGGCAAAAGAAUUGCCGAUGAAGUUACAGCUUUUCCCAAGGGCUCCAAGUUGCUGCGUUUUGACAAUGUGGACAGGGGGGAUGGAGAUGGCAAAGACCUGGGCUUACCAACUCGUGCCGCUUGUACUGAGACGAAGUCUCAUAAAGUUUUACAGCUUUGUGGCCAGCUACGUCUAAGGUAG